AUGAAUCUCAGAUUGGGGUUAUCCACGAAGCGCCUCCUCGACUCGUCCAUGCUCUACAGUCGCCAGCUAAAUUAUUCGAUGGAGGCUCAGCCGAAUUUGGCGAAAAUUUGCUCCGGCACCGACAUCAAGCCGAUCCUGGUUUUCCUGGGCGGCGGGCAAAUGGCGACAGCCUUGGUGGAAGGGGCAGUGGCUAAAGGCUUUGUGACGAAAGAGCAGGUAGCUGUAACGGCCCGGACAGAGCAAACGGUGAAAAAGUGGAUUAAUCGUGGUUAUCCGAACGUCAGCGUUGACAAUAAGGCAUUCGUCGAGAAAUAUAAAUCAGGUAUUUUCUUUUUGGCUAUGAAGCCGCAGAGCCGUCACGGAUUGUAUGCUUCGGGAUGUGAUUUUACCGAUUGCCGUGUGGUUUGCCUGAUGGCCGGCAUCGAUUUGAAGACGUUAAACGAAGAGUUGCCCGGCGCCACGCAAACGCGUCUGAUGCGUCUUCACCCAAAUGUUGCCGCCGCUGUCGGGGCCAGCACGUCGAUUCUUUCCACGCCUGCUGGUUGCUGCCCGGAACAGGAAAAGAUCGUGCGUGCCUUCGCCAAUUGUUCGGGUAGCUGCUUCGACGUGGAGGAGAACAAGUACGACGCUGCCGGGACGAUUGUUGGGUGUUCGCCGGCUUGGGUAUUUUCAAUGAUCGAGGCGUUGUCUGAUGGCGGGGUGUUGGCUGGCGUGCCCCGUGAUGUCGCCUCGAAGUUGGCUGCCCAGGCCGUGAUGGGAGCCGCUAAGCUUGUCGUGGAAACCGGAGAGCAUCCUGGUGUGCUGAAGGACAAGGUGUGCUCGGCCGGCGGGACAACGAUUGCUGGAGUUCGGGUUUUGGAGGCCAAAGGCAUGCGUUCCGGGUUUAUCGAGGCUGUCAAGGCGGCUACCGAUCGUGCCGGUGAGCUUGGGAAGAAA